GCCGCUGGCCCUGCCUGCCGCGGGUGGCGGUUAUGGCGGUGCCACUGUGUGUCGCGGCGUAGCGGCGCUGUGCCAUGCGGCGGACGGAGCGCACGCACCAACUGAGGGACGCUGGAGCGACUGAUGCGCGCGCCACUGAAGUCUUUACUUUUCGGCGCGACGUUUUGAAGCUUGCCGGAUUGAGCUCAUUUCAGAACGACGUGAGUUCGGAGAGGCAUCCCCGCGCUUCCACGGAGUCCCCGCGGAAACGCGACUCCGGGGACGGCGAGGCGGACGCGCCACACACCUCCAGAAGCGCGACCACUCCUCAGGACCGAAAAAAAACCAAUGCUUUGGGCUUCCAUGUCCCCCCCGACAUUCCCGAGCUGCCGGGGCCGCUGGGCUGCGCGCCCAGCCUGGCACCGGGCGACGGCCACACGACGUCGCAGACGCGGACGGAGACGUCGUUCCAACUGAAGAGCCAAAGCAGCAACCUGUCCAAUGCCAGUGCACCGGCAGAUGAUGCCGGGGCUCCCUUCGAACCUUUUGAAGUCAUCCCGGAACAGUUUCCAGAGGAGGAAGGGCCACAGAUGGACAAAAUGAGAAAACCUCAGAGCAUCACUGUGAACAGUUUAGCCAGCUCUAGGGCAAAAGACUUCAGUCUGGAAACCAGUGAAAGUCUGGGAUUUCAACAUCAACUGGCUUGGCUAUACAUCUCAUCCGCUGGGGAUUCUACCAGCAAGAAUCAUGCUGUCUCGGUGAACAGCUUGGCCUCCUCUGAAGCCUUGACAUUGGGCGACCCUGGCCGUUUUCGGAGGACUGAGACUUUGCUGCUCUCCAAUGAAAGGAGGCAGCGGGAGGCGGAUGCUGCAUUUCUGGCAGAAUUGCGGAGAGACCAGCACGGAAAGCACAGCAACACCAUCGAAAGCUUAUUGAGCUCUUGGCCCGAGAGCCUCUCGACACUGCCUUUUCCAGACAGUGCGCCUGGCAGUUCGGCGCCCUCGCGCCAGCUAUCUCCACAGGUCGCAUUGAGCCCUGAGCCCCUGGAUUCACGGCCCAGUUCCAGGGGAUCCAGUCACCACCAGGGCCGCGAGGGGCGUGGCCCGGUGCCCUCCUUGCGCCCGGUGAAAAAGACACCGGCGCUAAGCAUGGUGAGCUUGGGCAACAUUGAGGAAGAGCUGGACAUUGAUGGAUCCAUAUCUUUUCCGCAUGAAAAAGGUGAGAAGAGUGCUAAGGGUGAGAAGAACGGCGAGAGGCGUUUCCGGAACAUGAACUCCCUUUCGCCCAAGGCGUAUGAAGCGGAGCCCAAUCACAUCUCGAGCUUUGGGUAAUGCCCAGGAAGAGGGGCCCCAUGGGGCCAUGGGGGCCAAAAUUAAAAGCGGACCACGC